AUGGGGCUGGGGUACCUGAGGCGGCUGCGGGUACAUGCAUCGCAACCCGUGGAAGUGCAGCGGCUGUCUUCGGAGCAUCACGAAAGGGAGGCGCCUUGGAAACCACUCUGGUCCUUGGUGGCGGAGGCAGCCCAGGGCACGGACGGUUCCGCCCCGGCAUUGCGUGGGUCCCUUCGGGGCGCAGGCUGCGCUGUGAGGAGGGCCGUGAGCGUGACAACGGCUGCAGGAGAGACGACAGCAGUGGCGGUCGAUCUGCUGGAGCUCCGGGCGGAGGGUGCCGUGGUGCUUCUGCUGGACAACACCUUUGCCAAGCACGCCUUGCUCUUCGAAGGUGCAGUGGAGGGCAACUUCGUGGUCACACAGACCUCUCGUGGACAGCAGGUGGGAGACUGGUGCGAGGAAAGGAACGAAGAAAGCUUCAGUGCUGGAGCCCGCACGCAGUGGCGCCGCUUCAAGGUGGAGGAUGUUGUGCCCCCAGCCUCGCGGCAGAUGCUCUCGAUGCACUUCGCCAUAGGUACCGAGUGGGAGGCAGAGUUGCUUAGCAUGAAGGCCGUGGUUGUCCCGGUGGCGAUGGUUGGGGCUCGGCCCGCGAACCACCCCUUCGCCCCCUACGCCAUCCGCGGCGAGGACUCGCUGCCACCGGGCCUCGCUGUGGGUUUGGAGGAUGCUGGCAAAGGGGUCGCUUCCGGAGGAGCGUCGUCAGAAGCUGUGGAGUCUCAAGAGGAUGCGGAGCUGCAGUUGGCUUUGCAGCUGUCGAUGCAGGAAAUGCAGGAAAGGGAAGCUCAGCCGAAGGUCGGAGAGCGAGAGCCGCGCCAGCGCUGGGGACGCCGCAACAAGCCCGACGCUGGCGGACCCAUCAACGGAGGUGGCGGACCAAGCAGUUGCUCCAUCUGCUGCGAGCUUCUGGAAGGGGCUUUGGUGGCCAUGCAGUGCUGCGCCAAAGUCUGCCGGACCUGUGCCGCGCGAUGGGCUGCAGAGCAGGAGGCGCAGGGCCUCACUGCCACGGAGAUCCAGUGCCCGCAGUGCCAAGCUGCGGUCCAAGAGGCGGUUCUCCGCCGCCUCCUCAGCAAGGAGGCCUUUCAGCGGGCCAAGGAUCGCCUGAGGCCCCGGCCAACAGCCGCCGCCCCUCCGCCCGACCUCGCCAGCACGACGAUGGCCCGCCUGGGUCUCAAGCAGUGCCCAGGCUGCGGAGAAGGUCUCCAGAAAGAGUCCGAGACCUGCCACAAGAUGAUCUGCCGCAGCUGCCGCGCCCGCUUCUGCUUCCGGUGCCUCACGCGCCUGGAGUUCUUCAACUGCGGCUGCACGGGUGCAGAGCACCGGUUCGUGGAUCCGGUGGACGGCAUCGGGGCCCUCGCUGAAGUUUUCGCGCGCCGGCCGACGAAGAGCGUCGCGGGCGCGCCCGGUGACAGCUCUUGGGCCCCUGUGGAUGGUUCUUACGGCCAAGAGCUGGGUGGUCUCGAGGACGGGCACAAUGACGGAAAGUGGGACCAGUUCGCCGUGAACGAGCAGAAGUAUGGUGUAAGUUCAACCUUCAAUGAGGAAUACUACACCACGCCGUUGGACAAGAGUUCUAUCCCGGCGGAGAAAAGAGAAGAGGCGGACCAGAUCGCCAGACAGAUUGAAGCAGGGCAGACGCAUGCCGAGGUUGAGGAUCGCGUCGACGUCGACGGCGAUGGUGAUGAGGAGGCGCGCUUUGGCGCCGCUGCGCCGCUGGCCAACACUGGCAACAGGGCCUUCAAUAGCAACAGGCCGCUUCCGCAGGUUCCCGAACGACCCGGCCAGGAGCUGGCCAACGUCCAAGACAGAAGUGGCCGAAAAGGCAUGAUCUCGGAGAUGAAGAGGAUCAAUGCGCUCAAUCUGGAGCCCACUUCAGCCAAGCACGAUGACUCGAACGUGCGUGGUGGCAGGGGCCUGAAAGAUCCAGCCCAGCGCAACCCGCAGCGCAUGUCGGGAAACAACGCAGACCUCAAGUCCGAGUUCCAACAGUCGCUGCAAGUCAUUUCGCAGCAAGAAGCCAAACGGAAUCGCAAGAAUGCCGGAGAUGGUGAAAUGGGUCCUUGGGAGGGCAACAACACUCAGGCAAGCGGCGACAAGUCGAAGAACCAGCCGGGCGCCUUGGCAAAAGCCGGUGAUCCGUCGCGGCAGGGCUUCUCCUUCAAUCCGAAAGCGCCGGCCUUCUCGUUGAAUCCGCAGGCCGGUGAGUUCAUGCCCGGCGGCAGCAACAACGCCGCAGCCAACCCGGCGCCAGCCAAUGCUCCAGCCAAGUCGACCGGACCGGGCCCUAUGCUCAAGCUGGACAAGAAGAGCACGAAGCAGCAGCUCAAGGGCCUGGGCGACAUCCUGGAGAUGUUCUUCCAAAGGGCGAAGCACAGCUCCCCAGAAAGUGCCGCGCCCGACUGGCCUGAUGCGAAGGGACCAAGCUACAAGGAUGUGCUUGGCCAGCCCAACCCGCAGGCCAGCGCAAGGGUAGGUGCAGCAAAUUUGGGGGCCGCCCAGCACAUGCAACAGAUGCAGGGUGGCGGCUGGCAGCAGCCGAACCAAGGACAGCAGCAGCAGCCCCAGCAAACUGGGCAGCAGGUGCAGCAGCAGCAGGUGCCGCAACAGAAUGCGCCCCCGAAUCAGGAGCAGCAGGGAGGCCCGCAGAUGGUGGGACAAGGAAUGACAAUGCAGCCCAUGAUGCCACAAGCAUUCGUGGUGAACAAUGCGUCAGGCGGCCAGCAGAACCAGAUGCAGUACGGCCAAAUGUACGGAGGCCCGGGUCAAGGGCAGCCGCACCAAGGACAAGGUAUGGCGCAGCCUACCAUUGUCUUCAACCAAGCAGGAGGCAUGCCCCAGGGCGGCGUCAACAUGGUGCCGAUGCAACUGCAGAACCAGCAGGGGCAGAUGGCAGGCGUGACAGCCGGUGGUGCCAUGCCGAAGUUUGGUGGACCGCAGCAGCAGAUGGUCGUUGUCCCAAUGAUGCUUGCAAACACGGGCCAAUACGGCAACGGGCAGGCGGGUUUCAUGAUGCAAGGCCAGCAGAUGCCUCCGCAGGGAGGGCCUCCUGGAGGGCCGCCACAGGGCGAUGGGGGCCCAGGGCCCAUGAUGCAGCAGGGAAUGGGAUAUCCCCAGCGGCAGUAG